ACCAUGGGACAAGGCUGCAGAAGCCAGAAAAGAAAUCACAGGCGCAUAGAUUUUUUUUUCAGAAGGGAAGAAAGAGAAACCAUGAACGUAGAAGAAGAGGUAGAGAGACUCAAAGAAGAGAUCCAGAGACUUGGCAAGAUCCAACCUGAUGGAUCCUAUAAGGUCACUUUUGGCGUGCUAUUCAAUGACGAUAGAUGUGCGAAUAUAUUUGAAGCACUAGUUGGAACACUAAGAGCAGCAAAGAAGCGUAAAGCAGUGACAUAUGAUGGUGAGCUAUUACUACAGGGUGUGCAUGACAAUGUGGAAAUCAUACUGAAGCCAUCACCUCAGCCAGCAUCGCGUACAUCAGCUGACUCAGUUGUGAAGAAUUAAUGGAAUGCAGAAUUUCCCUAGCAGAACUUGUUUCUGCGGUUAAAUGCAGUUAAUGAUAAGAUAUAAUGAAUGUUGUUUGUGGCAAGAAAGUGUCCUACUUUUGUAUCUUGGUUUGUAUCUUGGUUUACCUCUGUUCAGUUUCCGCAUGAAAAACACUAGAGAUCUUGGUGAAUGGAAUUUAUAUAUGUACUAGCUUUUCUUUUUC